GUAGAGUCUUAAGUUGCGCGCACGCACGCACGCACAUACACACAGAGAUGGCAAGCCUGCAGCAGCAGCAAGUUACUGGAGGAAGCAAUCGCAUUGCAGCAGUUGAUGUUGGGGAGUUGGAGAUGAAGACUCAAUCCAACGACACCUACGAAGACUUUGAUCAUGAAGAACAAAAGCACCGGAAACCUGGUUGGAAAAAGUUUCUCUCAUUUGUUGGCCCGGGUUUCCUUGUUUCAUUGGCAUAUAUUGACCCUGGAAACUUGGAAACUGAUUUGCAAGCAGGAGCUAACCACGGAUUUGAGCUACUUUGGGUGAUCCUUAUCGGAAUGAUCUUUGCUCUCAUAAUUCAAUCACUCGCUGCAAAUCUUGGUGUAACCACAGGCAAACAUUUAGCAGAGUUGUGCAAGAUUGAGUACCCAAAAUAUGUAAAGUAUUGCCUGUGGUUGUUAGCAGAGGUCGCUGUCAUAGCAGCAGAUAUUCCGGAAGUGAUUGGGACAGCUUUUGCUCUAAACAUUCUCUUCCACAUCCCACUCUGGGCUGGAGUUCUCAUCACUGGUUUGAGCACUCUCCUACUUCUUGGUCUGCAAAAAUAUGGGGUGAGGAAGCUGGAAAUGGUGGUAGCGGUGUUUGUGUUCAUGAUGGCAGCAUGUUUCUUCGGGGAAAUGGGUUAUGUGAAGCCUCCGGCAGUAGAUUUGAUUAAGGGGUUGUUUAUCCCUAAGAUCAAUGGUCAAAGCGCCACCGCUGACUCCAUUGCUUUACUCGGGUCCUUAGUUAUGCCACACAACCUUUUUCUUCACUCAGCUCUUGUACUCUCUAGGAAAGUACCAAAUUCUGUCAGAGGCAUAAAUGAUGCAUGCCGAUACUUCUUGAUAGAGAGCGGUUUUGCAUUGUUGAUAGCAUUUUUAAUCAAUGUUGCAAUAGUCUCCGUAUCAGGAACUGUUUGUUCAGCCAACAACAUCUCACAGAACAUCUUAAAUCAAUGCAACAAUCUCACUGUUGACUCUGCCUCUUUCCUUUUAAAGAAUGUGUUAGGAAAAUCAAGCUCAAUCUUGUACGCCAUUGCGUUAUUAGCUUCAGGGCAAAGUUCCACUAUUACAGGCACUUAUGCUGGACAAUUUAUUAUGCAGGGCUUCUUGGAUCUUAAGAUGAAGAAAUGGAAGAGGAACCUAAUGACAAGGUGCAUUGCCAUCACACCUAGUCUCAUUGUCGCAAUUAUUGGUGGAGCUUCGGGUGCGAGCCGGCUCAUCAUCAUCGCAUCGAUGGUACUAUCAUUUGAACUUCCAUUUGCUCUCAUCCCACUCCUAAAAUUCAGUAGCGGUACCACCAAGAUGGGGCCACACAGAAACUCAAUAUAUAUUAUUAUCAUUUCAUGGAUUUUAGGGCUUGCAAUUAUCGGUAUAAACAUCUACUACCUAAGCACGGCUUUUGUUGGGUGGAUAAUCCACAGCACCUUACCCAAAGUUGCUACUGUGUUCAUUGGAAUCAUAGUUUUCCCAGUAAUGGCUAUCUAUAUCAUAGCAGUGAUCUACUUAAUGUUUCGUAAAGAUGCUGCUGUGACGUUCAUCGAGCCAGCAAAGCACGACCCCAACAUUCAAAUGCGCAUGGAGAAAGGGCAAGGCAAGUCUGAGGGGGUGACAGAAUCCGAUGACCAUGUACCUUACAGGGAGGACCUUGCUGACAUCCCGUUGCCUGAAUAAGGAUUGUGAAGUCAAGGGUGAAGCCCUUGAAUCAACAGCUAAUAUGGAUUAGCAUUUGAUCAACGAGCUCCUAUUUUGUGAUCAUGAAGAGUGCAGUAGUAUGUUUGAUGUUGUUGAACAUUCCUACAUCAGUUUCACAUGUACAAGAAAAUCCAAUAGCAAUGUUAUGAUUGUAUCAUAAAGUGCACGAAACACUCUUUGUUUAAGAAAUCAGAUUCCCUAAAACUUGCUUCCAUGCAA